CCGCUGUCGGGCUUAUUUGGCGCCACAGCGCGAGCGGACAGGAGGAGAGAGCGACACCGGGGAGCUCAGUGCGGGAGGCGGGAAACCAAUCAUCUUUACAGCGCUCUAAGUGACUGACGUUCGCUGCCACCAUGUUUGAGGCCAGACUAGUGCAGGGCUCCAUCCUGAAGAAGGUGCUGGAAGCGCUGAAAGAUCUGAUCGAUGAGGCUUGCUGGGACAUCACCUCCAGCGGCAUCAGCCUGCAGAGCAUGGACUCGUCUCACGUCUCCCUGGUGCAGCUCACCCUCCGCUCCGACGGGUUUGACACCUACCGCUGCGACCGGAACCAGUCCAUCGGCGUCAAGAUGAGCAGUAUGUCAAAAAUCUUGAAGUGUGCAGCGAGUGAAGACAUAAUUACUCUGAGAGCCGAGGACAAUGCAGAUACAGUCACAAUGGUGUUUGAAUCUCCAAAUCAUGAGAAGGUUUCCGACUAUGAGAUGAAGUUGAUGGAUCUGGAUGUUGAACAGUUAGGAAUUCCAGAGCAGGAGUAUAGUUGUGUUAUAAAGAUGCCAUCUGGGGAAUUUGCACGCAUUUGUCGGGAUCUUAGCCAGAUCGGAGAUGCUGUUGUGAUCUCAUGUGCGAAGGAUGGAGUCAAAUUCUCUGCAAGUGGAGAACUGGGAACAGGGAAUGUCAAGCUGUCACAGACCUCCAAUGUUGAUAAAGAGGAGGAAGCUGUUACAAUAGAAAUGAAUGAGCCAGUCCAGCUCACAUUUGCUUUAAGGUAUCUAAAUUUCUUCACCAAAGCCACACCCCUGUCCCCAACAGUGACCCUCAGCAUGUCAGCUGAUAUCCCACUAGUGGUCGAAUACAAAAUUGCAGAUAUGGGUCAUGUGAAGUACUACCUGGCUCCAAAGAUUGAAGAUGAAGAAGCUUCUUAAUGUUGUAUAGUUUAUUUUAUGUUAAAGUCAACUGAACAUCACAGCUUUUGCCAACUGCCUUGUAAUGAACGUAACCAUAUUACAUUCUGGCCAUGUUUCUAGGCAUGUCUGUAGAUAUCUCUGUAAAUAUUCAACAAUCUUUGUAAUACCUGCCAUAUGAAACCAGUAAAUCUUUGUAAUAACUGA